AUGUGGUAUAUUUUCCUGCGAANAAACUUCACUCCCUUUGCCCCCUAUGGCCCUCGUGGCAUCUUGGUAGCCUCUGCCGACGCUGUUUCGACAAUGGCUGAGGAAACUAAGAACCCUGCUAAAGAUAUACCUAUUGGUCUUGUUGGGUCAAUGGUGAUCACCACAUUAGCCUAUUGCAUUCUUGCAGUUACCUUGUGCUUGAUGCAACCGUACAAACAAAUUGAUGAGGACGCGCCGUUUUCGGUGGCUUUUGAGGCUGUUGGAUGGGGUUGGGCUAAGUACAUUGUGGCUGCAGGUGCUAUUAAAGGCAUGACCACCGUGUUGUUGGUUAAUGCUGUUGGACAGGCACGCUAUCUCACGCACAUUGCCAGAACCCACAUGAUCUCACCAUGGUUCGCCAAAGUGCAUGAAAGGACUGGCACUCCAGUGAAUGCAACAGCCACAAUGCUCGCUGCAACAGCAAUAAUCGCCUUCUUUACAAGCUUGGGAAUCCUCUCGAACCUCCUCUCUAUCUCCACCCUCUUCAUCUUCAUGCUGGUAGCCAUCGGCCUGAUCGUCCGACGCUACUACGUCAGCGGUGAAACGACACCAUCCGACCGCAACAAGCUCAUAAUCUGCCUGGUUCUAAUCCUGGGAUCUUCAAUAGCAACCGCCGUAUACUGGGGCUCAAGCGACGGCUGGAUCGGCUUGGUGGUCUCCAAUUCCAUAUGGUUUCUCUCAACCUUGGCCCUAUGGCUCGGUGUCCCACAGGCCAAAAAGCCUCGCGUGUGGGGCGUGCCGCUCGUCCCGUGGCUGCCUUCACUAUCGAUCGCCAUCAACCUUUUCCUUCUUGGCUCCAUUGACAAAUCUUCAUUUGAAAGGUUUGGAAUCUGGACUGGGAUUCUGUUGAUUUACUAUAUCUUGAUUGGAUUACAUGCUUCUUAUGACUCGGUCAUGGAGUCCAAGACUACCGUAGGAGAAGUUAAUAGCAGUUUGUGA